GCACAAAAAUUGCCUCCAUUGCUCUUUCAACUUCCAACCACAACAAUUGAGUCUCAAUUAUAGAGCAACAACCAAUACUACUACUAUCACCAUGAGCAAGAGCAUAUACAUACGAGUAUGUCUACUACUACUAUCACUAUUGUUAUUGGCGUAUGUCUGCAACGGCUUUGUCCCUCCUCGUCCUGGCAGUGACUUGGCCGUUAGCUUUGAGCCCGUGGGAGAGUACCGUCGUCGUUUGAACCUUACGUACGAUUAUACGCCGUCUCUACUGAGCGAGGAAAUGUGUAGAUUUCUAACGGAGCAAGAAUGCCAAGACGCAGACGAGUCGCUGAGAGAUCAUGCCAAGAGCCACCAGAAUAUACAACGGCGGCUUUAUCACCAAAGACAAAGAAGAAAACAACGGCGACUUCGAUCACAAACCUCUGAAACCCCAAACUCUAUCCCUAACCCUAACCCUAAUCAAGACAUGACAGAAUUCCAAGACCUACUAGGCGCCUUUACGCAAGCCUACGGGAGAGGUCCCGCCCAUCAACCAACCCUGCAAGAAGAGCUAGAAGAACUAGACCAACUCCUCAAAGAGUUCAACACUACCAAGGAGCAACACUAUAGGGACCGGGCUAGAGCCUUACGCAGUGACCGCAGCAGCCAAGUGUUCAACCCGUCCGUGGGAACCUUUGUGGUGCCGCUCUUCCUCAUGGUAUUCUCCGACCAUGCCGCUGCCAAUCGACCACUCCCGCCCAAAUACGAGUACCAGAUCUUAUGGAACCUAAGAAUCAAAAAAUGGAUUCAAGAAAACUCCUACAAUCAGUACGAUGCCUUUUUCGACGUCCAAGACUGGCAAGUCACGGACAACACCGAACUACACUACAGUUACGGAAAAGCCGGGCGAGUCGCAAAGUUCCAAAACUCAUUUCAUCCACUCUUGGAGAGUAUGGACAAAGCAUUGGAGGGAGACUGGUCACUCUACGAUGCCGAUGGGGAUGGCUUUAUCGACAAUGUCAUUGUAUUGACCAGUUCCUAUGGCGCUGAAGAGGGUGGUACGGACUGCAACAAUGGAAGAGCCGACAUGGAACGCAUCUGGAGUCACGCAUUCUCCAAUUCCAAAGCAUGGGUAUCACCCACCAACCCAAAGUACAAAACACGAGGAUACAUGAUUGCAUCUGCAUUGGAUCUCACCUGCGACUCAAAUCCAGCCAAAAUGGGAGUUAUGACACACGAGUACCUUCAUACCUUCUUUCUCAUUGAUCUAUACGAUAUCAACUUUGUUGGAAGAGGACUUGGGACCUUUGAUAUCAUGAGUUAUCCCUACGGGCUAGACAAUGAUGGAUACAUACCCGUCCAUCUAUCGUCGUGGGCCAAGGAAACCAUUGGAUGGAUCACCUGCGAGACCAUUACGGCAUCGGGAGAAUACACGCUGCAACCGGCUGCCAUCGCGCCAAUUUGCUACAAAAUCAUACUCAGUGACUUUGAUCCCUCACAACCAGAGUACAUUUUGCUAGAAAACAGACAGCGCAUCAGUUUCGAUAUUGACUUUUGGAAAGCAGGCCUCGUCAUGUUUCAUGUUGAUGAGGCCGCCAAUGAUCAAAAGUUUGUCGGGUAUCCUGGCAGGACGGGAAAUUGGCCAGAGUCGGGGGAACACUAUCGAGUCUCGGUCAUUCAAGCCGAUCGCAACUACGAUCUGGAAAAGAACAUGAAUAUUGGGGAUGAAGGGGAUAUUUGGGAAACGGGCAUGAAGUUGACGCCCAACGUCGAUGGGCAGACAUGGCCCAAUACGGAUACCUACCAAUACGGAUCCGUACAACAAACGGGAAUUAUCAUUGAGGUACUCGAGCCACCAGCCGACGGAUCAUUCAAUGUGCGAGUCAAAGUGGAUAUGGGGACUCGUAGUGGCAAUGCGCCGCAAGUCUUUGCGACGCCAACCAAAGAACGCGACAAUCAUAAUGACAAUCCGGAACUGGAGGACCUUGCCGAGAACCAGUUCAAUGUCCCCGAUGAUCCGGACCAUGGCAUUAGUGGAAUGAUUCCACAGCUAGGAUGGUUUGAUCGGUUUCAAAAACAAGAGACCGAACAACAACAAGAGACCGAGACGCUGCAACCGGAAAUGGAAAUGGACGUGGCACCCACCAAGCUACCAUCACCACAGUCGCAUCCAGAGGGGGGACAUGAAGACGAUCCGACGAAUCCUUUUUUUGUAUUCACAGCAGAGGCUACGGCUCGUUCCAACGCCAGUGGACGACAACGAGGGGGGUUAGCCGUCAUGGCAGUAUCAUUGCUGGCGUCCACAGCAGCGCACUAUCUGUGCAUGAUGUAGACUACUAGACGAUUCGAACGCCAGGCAGGGGUGGUGCAUCCUACGGUACUCGAGAGAGAUUUCGGCUGACAGCAGUUGCCUCCUUUCGAUUCGAUUCGAUCUGUCUCUGCAAAGAGAUUUUCGAAAAGAACUGAAAUCGAGCAGCCUUCUGUCAUGGGACGUGGCUCGUGCGAGAUCAUUUAUUUCGCUUGGGAGCACGCAUUUGGUUCAUUCCUUGGGCCCUGAGAGCGAGCAACGACCUGCUCAUUGGGUACCGCACGUCGUCAAGCUCAGCCCAGCCAAGUCCGACAGUACUAGUCUAGUAGCACGUAUGCGGUCAUUGUGUUCAUGGUCUUCGUGGGCGGGUUGGCGUUCUCCACGGUUGCUAACGAUAGGAAGUGCCAGUCACUCGGCCCCUUAAAAUCUUGAGCGUCCGUGCUCUGUGAGAAGUAAAGAGAGCUACGUCGGAGUCCACAUCCCUGUUGCAGCAAAGUUCCAAAAAGUAAUUAGCUCACAAUUGACACUUCCAAAGCCUUAAUGUCUAGACGCG